CAUGCGCACUGUCUUUGAAUUCAAAACUAAUAGUAGCAGCAGCGAGUGCUUUGAAAGCUAACGUUAGCUAACAUGCAAAUGGCUGACAGAAUCAUUUCGGCUGUUUCGGAUUACCCUGAGUUGUAUAACAUAACUUUAAACUCAUACAGGGAUUCACAGAGAAAGGCAAGGGCAUGGAGGGCUGUAAGUCUGCAAGUGGAAAUGCCUGUGGAUGACUGUCGGAAUAAAUGGAAGAACCUGAGGGACACUUUUGUCAAAUUCAAGCGGGCUGAGCAGCAGAGGAGAGCAUCUGGGGAGCUGGACAUUCACAAGAAGACCUGGAUGCACAGCAGGAGCAUGUCCUUCCUUACCCCCUUCAUCCAGGCCAAGGGCUUGCAAGGAGACACCACAGAUGACUUGGAAGAGGAGGAAAGGGAGAGGAACAGGGAAAGUGCCACAGAAGGUGUGGACGAUAAAUCAGCCUACAUUAUCCAUGAGAUCGAGGGGGACCAGGCAGAUGAUGAGGAUGCUCCCUCUCCUGACACUGUGUCGGAAUCCAAUGGGCCCAGCCGGAAGAGGAGGUGGCAGAUGGAUGGGAUGGACGGACUGGAGGACAUAGAAGAUGAGAUGUUCUUCUUUAGUUUGCUCCCGUAUCUUAGGAAGCUCCCCCAUAGAAAGAAGAGUGCUGUAAAAUUGAAAAUACACCAACUUCUACAUGAAGCAGCAUUCCAAUAACCCACUGCCCAGCCCCUGCCCUCAAUUCUGUUUCCAUGGUUUUGUAAACACAAGCCUUCAUUUUGUCCUGUUAUCAACUAUUGUUCUAUAUUCAGUUUGAUACUAUGCCUGUUUAUGGUUAUUGCAAAGUCAAGUGUUAACAAAUAAACACUUUCAACAUUU